CAUUUCUUUGUUUGCCUCACACAGACACAGAGGUGAAAUGGCGGAGGCAGGAGCUCACCUGAACCCAGAGAUGAGUUCUUGUUUGAUCUGUUUGGACCCUCUGGUUGAUCCGGUGACUGUCCCCUGUGGACACGUCUACUGCACCAGCUGCAUUCACACCCACUGGGACGGAGAAGAUGAUAAUAAGACCUACAGCUGCCCUCAGUGCAGACAGAUCUUCACAGAGAGGCCCGUCCAGAAGAAGAACAUCACAUUUGCGGAUUUAAUGGAAGAGCUGAAGAAGACUGGACACCGGACCGGUUCUGGUGAUCACAUCUACUCUGAGGUUCUAGAUGUGACCUGUGACAUGUGCACUGAGACAAGGAGGAGAGCCGCAAAGUCCUGCCUGCAGUGCCUGGUCUCCUACUGCUCCAGUCACCUUCAGCCUCAUUAUGACGUCCCUCAAUUUAAGAGACACGAGCUGAUCGAACCCACCAGGAGGCUCCAGGAGAACAUCUGCCCUCAUCACGGUGAACUGAUGAGGAUGUUCUGCCGCACCGAUCAGCAGUGCAUCUGUUACCACUGCCCGGUCGACGAACACAAAGGCCACGAUACGGUCUCAGCUGUGGCAGAACGGGACGAGAGGCAGAAGGAGCUGGAGGUGGGACAAAGGAGGAUCAAAGCGUGGAUCCAGGAAAAGGAGAAGGAUCUGAAGGUGCUUCAACAGGAGGUGGAAGUGACCUGUCGCUCUGCAGAUAAAACAGACGAGUACAGCGAGGAGAUCUUCACCGUCCUGAUGCGUCUCGUGGAGAAAAGACGGUGUAAUGUGAAAGAGCUGAUCAGAUCCAGGAAGGAAACUCAAGUGAAUAGAGUUAAAGAUCUGCAGAGGAAACUGAUGCAGGAGAUCAGUGAGCUGAGGAGGGAGGACGCCGAGCUGCUGAAACUCUUACUCGUAGAAGAUCACAACCAGUUUUUACAGAGUUGUGCCUCACAACCGAACAUCAGAAAACCUUCACACUCAUCCGGGGUCAGUUUGUUACCUCUGUGCUACUUCGAGGACGUGACGGCAGCGGUGUCGGAGCUCAGACAUCAUCUACAGUUCAGUCUGGACGACGACUGGACAAACACCUUCAGACAACCAUGUGACGUCACACUGGAUACGAACACAGCUCACAAGUACCUGUCAGUGUGCGAGGGGGGCAAAAGAGUGACGCAAAUGACGCAAAAGCAGAGCCACGUGCCCCACCCGCACAGAUUCAGCGUCUGGCAGCAGGUCCUGAGCAGAGACGCUCUGACCGGACGCUGUUACUGGGAGGUGGAGUGGAGCGGAAGCGCCGCUGGUGUAGCAGUCGCGUACAAGAAUAUUAAAAGAGACGGAGCAGAAAGUCAGUUUGGAAGCAGCGACAGGUCUUGGGCUUUAAACUGUAACAACAACUCUUAUGUGUUCCAGCAUGGCGGCAUCAGCUGGGCGGUGUCAGGGCCUCCGUCUUCCAGGAUUGGACUGUAUCUGGACCACAGAGCAGGCGUUCUGUCCUUCUACAGCGCCUCUAAAACCAUGACCCUCCUCCACAGGGUCCAGACCACCUUCACCCAGCCGCUGUAUGCAGGACUCAGGCUGUACCUCAGUGGAGAUACCGCCAAAUUUACCAAACUAACGCUGAUGUCUGCAGCGUGAGCUUGGGGUAAAUCUAAUGUCUUCUGUUCAGUUGUUACACUGGAAAAAAUCUAAAUCUCACCAAGUGUGUUUUUCUCAUUUCUAGUCCAAAUAUCUCAUCACACUUAAAAUAAGACAUAAUCACCUAAAGAGGAACUUUUCAGU